AAUUGAGGGAAACUUUUCUGUGUCUUAUUGGAGCGUGGCUGGUUGGUUGCUAAAAGUAAAAAGCAAAGCAAACCAGCACUCCACUCAGCUGUGCAGUGCACUCUUCCUUCACGGUUUUAUGGGCGUUUCUGUCGCGUUAUGCCUUUAUACUUGUAUUCUUUUUAUUAGAUUAUCAUUAUAUCCUUCUCUACUGGCAGUCUGGCACUUCUACCUUGCCUCCCACACCGGCAAGCCCGUUUAAAAUUGGCUGCCUGCAACGCUGCGCACUGCGGUCUACCCUCCCUCUCUUUCUUCUUACUACACUUUACCUUAUUGCGAAAGUUUUUCCUGAAAUGGCUCCCGCCAGGAGUCGUAGGAGUUUCACCGCUCAUCUGUUCCUCUGGGUUUUUCUUGCACAAAGUCAUAUUUGCUUUUCUGCCAAGGUGUAUGUGGUAUAUAUGGGAAGUACAAAUGGUGAGGACCCCGAUGACAUUCUCAGCCUCCACCACCAAAUGCUCACUGUUGUUCACGGUGGAAGCAUCGAGAAAGCGCAGGCAUCUCACGUCUACAGUUACAAACACGGUUUCAAGGGCUUUGCUGCCAAAUUGACGGACCGCCAGGCUUCAAAGAUAGCUAAACUGUCCGGCGUGGUCUCUGUGUUCCCAAAUUUGAAAAGAAGGCUACACACAACUCACUCAUGGGAUUUCAUCGGCCUUGUUGGCGACGAAAUAACGGAGAUUCCUGGAUAUUCAACCAGGAACCAAGUCAAUGUUAUCGUUGGUUUUAUUGAUACAGGAAUUUGGCCUGAAUCCCCAAGUUUUAGUGAUGCCAACAUGCCUCCCGUGCCAGAUCAAUGGAAGGGGCAAUGCCAGUCAGGUGAAGCAUUCAAUGCUUCAUCUUGCAACAGGAAAGUCAUUGGAGCAAGAUACUAUAUGAGCGGCUAUGAAGCUGAAGGAGUUUCAGAAAAUACACUGUUGUUCAGAUCUCCUAGGGAUAGUUCUGGUCAUGGCAGCCAUACAGCCUCUACAGCCGUUGGUCGCUAUGUGAAAAACAUGAAUUAUAGUGGGUUGGCUGCGGGAGGGGCUAGAGGAGGUGCCCCAGUCGCCAGAGUGGCAGUGUACAAGACAUGUUGGGACUCUGGAUGCUAUGAUGUUGACUUACUAGCUGCCUUUGAUGAUGCAAUUAGAGAUGGGGUGCACAUUUUGUCCCUGUCUCUGGGCCCUGAUGCUCCUCAGGGAGAUUAUUUCAAUGAUGCCAUCUCUGUGGGGUCUUUCCAUGCUGCUAGCCAUGGAAUUUUGGUUGUUGCUUCAGUUGGGAAUGAAGGAAGUCAAGGUUCUGCCACAAACGUUGCCCCAUGGGUGAUCACUGUUGCUGCUAGUUCAACAGAUAGAGAGUUCACAUCUGAUAUUGUUCUAGGAGAUGGUACUAACUUUACGGGGGAAAGCCUCAGUCUCACUGAAAUGAAUGCCUCUGCAAGGAUCAUCUCUGCCUCUGAAGCCUAUGCAGGAUACUUUACCCCUUAUCAAUCCAGCUAUUGUCUAGAGAGCUCCUUGAAUAUUACCAGAGUCAGAGGGAAAGUUUUGGUCUGUCGACAUGCUGAGGGUUCAUCAGAGUCAAAAUUGGCUAAGAGCGAGGUAGUGAAAGAAGCUGGUGGAGUUGGGAUGAUCCUCAUUGAUGAGGCAGAUAAGGAUGUUGCCGUCCCUUUUGUUAUUCCUGCAGCUAUAGUUGGAAGAAUUACAGGAGACAAGAUUAUUUCCUACGUUAAUCAGACACGUGAUGCAACCUCUAGAAUUUUCAACGCAAGGACUGUUUUGGGAUCUCAUCCCGCACCCCGAGUUGCAGCAUUUUCUUCGAAGGGUCCCAAUGCUCUGACUCCAGAAAUUUUAAAGCCUGAUAUCACAGCCCCUGGACUUAACAUCCUGGCAGCCUGGUCACCGGCAAUUGGAAAAAUGCAAUUUAACGUCCUCUCUGGAACUUCCAUGGCUUGCCCACAUGUAACAGGAAUUGCAACCUUGGUCAAAGCAGUUCAUCCUUCAUGGUCUCCAUCUGCUAUCAAAUCUGCAUUAAUGACAACAGCUACCAUCCUAGAUAAGAAACGCAAGCCCAUCACAGUGGAUCCUGAGGGAGGGAGGGCAAAUGCAUUUGAUUAUGGGUCUGGCUUUGUGAACCCCAGAAAAGUGCUUGAUCCUGGUCUCAUCUACGAUGUGCAGCCAAAAGAGUAUAGAGCAUUUCUCUGUUCUAUUGGUUACGACGAGAAAUCCCUCCACUUGAUUACAAGAGACAACAGCACAUGUAAGGAGACACUGAGAACAGCUUCUGACCUGAAUUAUCCCUCUAUCACGGUGGUUAAUCUUAGAGACAGAACAUCAGUGAUCCGAACGGUGACAAAUGUAGGGAAACCAAAAAGUACCUAUAAAGCUGUAGUGUCUUCUCCUAUUGGCAUCAAUAUAACUGUAGUGCCAAAGCGUUUAAUCUUUCACAGCUAUGGACAAAAGAUAAGUUUCACCGUGCAUUUUGAAGUAGCCGGUCCAAGGAAGGGUUAUGCAUUUGGGUUUUUGACGUGGAGAAACAGAAAGUUACGGGUUACAAGCCCUCUAGUUGUCGGACUAGCACCUUCUGACAUGGGGUUGAUGAGAUAAGAGGAAUUAUUUUUGUAAUUUAGCUUAGGCUCUUUAAGAUCUCUAUUUAAUCUUUUGACGGGCACACAUUAAUGCAAACUACAGACAAGUUCAGAAUCCCACAGAAACAAAAAUUUGUAGGUGGACACUGAACACCAACCAACAUAUUGUGCGAUCAUUCAUCAAAAACAAACAUACACAAACUUCAUUUGUCUA